AUGGCUUCCGUAGAACUAUUGAGUGUUAGUGAAGUGAUUAAGGUAUUAGAAGUUUGGGACUUGAAGGAGUUUGUUGAUAUUGUGAAAGAACAACAGAUUAACGGACUAAAGCUACGUGAACUCUCCGAAGGAAAUGUGAAACUCUGGCGCCCGAGCGCUAAUACUAAGAAAUUUAUUUCAUUUAUCGAAGAUAUAAGGGAGGAGCCAGAAAAAUAUCUUAAAUGUUUGAUAAAUGAUGAAAUGAUAACUAUAAAGGAGACGAAUCUAUGCACUGAUAGCCAGUACCAAACAGUUAGUGUCCGAAAGAUAAGUCAACAGGAAAAUACGAACAAUUUCAGCACCGUUGAGGAGAUUUUAAAAAAGAUAACAGCUCCUAAAAGCUUUUUGUAUAGAAACGCUCAAAAAAAACAAGAGCGAGCACUGACUUCGUACGUGCCUAUGGUUGCUGGUACAUCGAAAAAGCCAAAGAAAUUUUUUCGAUUGAGCUCGUACGAAUAUCCAAUCUUUGAUUUAAAGUCACGGUUUUCAAAGACUGAAAACUGCAACGACCGAGGCUAUUACUCUGUGAAAACAGAGAACAAAUUAUACAUACAAAAAACGUGUAAAAAACCUGACUGCAGACCAAAAUAUAAAUCUGUUAAUGUAUCUGAGGAAUUAAACGAGAAAGUACAGGAAGAUCAUUUCUAUGAAGAUUUAUGUUAUAACGACAUGCCAGGGAAAGAAAUAACUUUGAAUCAAAAUCGAGUGAACCAAGUAAAGCCGUGUAUAGUGAAAAUACAAGAACUAUUUCAAUCUAUAAAGUUCCCAUUUUUUAGGAAAACUGAAAUUGUACAAAAGGAACAGCCCGUGUACAAAGAUGUGGCGAACGAUCGAGAAGGCAACCUCUAUGAGAACAGUUCCAUCGACAUGUACGAUUCGAUUCAUGUAGCGCAAGAUUUCGAAGAAAUUGAAAAGGAAAAGCAAAAGCAAAAGCCAGAUUUAGCUGUAGAAGACUACUUAGAGCCGGUGCAAGUAAAUAAGGACUACUGCGAUGUGUGUCUGAAGCAGAAGGACGACUCCUUGCUGGGCUUUAUCAUGAACUAUUUCGAAAAUCGUCUUGGCAUGAGACGAGAAACAAAUGAAAUCGCACAAUCGGAAGAGUCGGAAACGGAGCCAUCUUGUGAAAGAGUAUGGGAGCACAACAUGGCGGCGCGCCCUCUUCCGGUGCCUGUGGAGAACGAGCCUUAUUACAUGAACAUAGAUAGAACUGAGGCGGAAAGCAUGCUUAUGGGUCAGCCCGAUGGCACUUUUAUACUGAGGCCUUCAAGUCAGCCGAACCAUACAUACACAUUAAGUGUGUCUUGUUCCAAAGCAGUCCACAACGUGGCCGUGCGACGUCGUCCUGACGGCCGCCUUGCGCUGGGCUUUGCGAGACGCGGAGAAAGAAGCUUCACUAGCAUUGCUUCCUUACUCCGUCAUCACAGAAAACGGAGACUUUUGUUGGUGGCUGGAGGAGAGGUGAUAGGAGCAACGACUUUGAACGAUUGUGCACAGUAUUAUCAAACACCUAGCAAUAUACCUGUCUUGCGU